UUUUGGUUUCAAAAAAUUCAAUAUGAAGAAAAUAUUCCUGAUAAUAUUCAGAUUGAAGAUUGUAAUAUUCUAUUUGAUAAUAAUAAUAAUAGUAUUCAGGUUGAAGAUAAUAAAGAUGAUAAAAAUAAUGAAUUUAAUGAAAAUUCAAUUUAG